AUGCACACGCGGGUCCUGAGCCGGCGUCCGCAGACGCAUGACGCCAGCGUCGCCUUGGACGACGAGCUUGUAUGCCUCUUAAUGGAGAUCGAGCGCAUCUACCUCCAGCACCCAAGACAUCUCCAGAUCCGCAUCGAACGCUGGGUCGACAAGAUCUCAGAGCCCAUUCUCAAUGUCCAGUGGAAGCGCAGCGCCAACGACCACGCUCUCUUGCUGCUCGAGAUGACGCGGUCCGGGGUCUUUCGAGCUCCGUUCGAUCGCAACCCGCCGCACGGACCACUGCGGACGCUACCACGCUAUAUGAUUCAUGCCCGCGACAGCGUCACCAACAAGCCGCUCGCGCGGGACGGCAAGCAUUCCUGGGGCCAAGCUUACGAGCGCGUUGUGAUGCGCACCUCGUCGCCGGCCGAGGUGCACACGCCGCGUGCGACUCGAUCGGCAUCGUAUGUGGAAAUGACCAACCAAACGCUCGAUGCACUCGAGACGUCGCUCGAGUCGGAGCGCACCAAGUGCGCAGCUUUAACGGCCCAAGUGCAGGAGCUCAAGGUGGUUGCGAGUACGCAGGCCGACGCGCUCGCCGCUGUCAAGCACGAGUUAAAACACGUCAAGAACCUUCACCAGCGUGAGAUUGAGCGCUUGCAGCAGCUCCACGCUGUCGACAUCGACACACUCAAGAAGCGCCACCACGAGCAGAUGCAACGCGCGAUUCUUGCCAACGACCGGGUACUCGCUGCCCAGCGCGCCGAUGCCAGCGUGGCGCCGAGUGGCUGCGCCUCGAGUGUCGACGAGUUCCUUAGCUUCAUUGAGCGCUUCCAGCACGAAACAGCGGUGCUCACGCAACACUCAUACACGCCUGCCACGCCCAAUACCGUCAUUCCGCCGACCAUGAUGAAGAAGCAGCGGUCGCUCCAUGAGUACUUCGUCAAGCCCAAGCGCAAGGCCGUCGUCCUGGAUGAGGCCGACGCGGACGCGGCCGACGACGUCGUCGAGCGCCGGACCGCGCUGGAGACGACCCUGAACUUUGACGACGACGACGACGACGCCGAGGACGACGACGACGGCGAUGAGCCACAGCCCAAGCGCAUCGACUUCAACGCGCUCUUGAGCCAGACGCAAAAGUCCGAGCCCGAUUACGAACAGCCACCAGAGCUCGAGCCGCCGGCGUACCACCCGUGGAGCCAGGACUUUGGCACGGCGCCGUGCUUCUCGAACAUGUACAGCCAAGACGCCUUUUGCGACUUUUCGACGCCGCAGGACCAGCCUGUGCUGCACAUGUCCCAUCCGCGGUCGCCGUCGCCGGUCAAGAAGCGGCCGCGCACGGUGCCACGCCUCACAGUGAUGCCCUUCAACGAGAGCCCCAUUGCGCCGGCGCGUGCCAAGCCCGAUGCAGAAGGCACACACAAAGCACCACUGCGCCCGACGACGACGCCGAUGAAGCAGAAGCCGAUCGCGCUCCCACGCCCUGUCGCGUCCAUCCCGGAAGAAAUCGCGUCGGUGCCGGAAAUCAACACCAACCCGUUCGCGGCCGCCAUGGACGACCGGCGACGGCCCAAGAAGCGCAGUCUGCCUCCGCCUCUGUGGCUCGGUACAACCAACUCGUCGACGUCCAAGUACCUGCUCGAGUUUGUCGAGCAAGAGGUCCUUGGCUCCGGCUCGUUCUCCAAAGUGCUCAAGUGCAUCAAACGGUUUGACGGCUGGGUGUAUGCCAUCAAGAAGAGCAAGCGCCAUUUUCGUGGCAACUCGGACAAGCAGCGCGCGCUGCGCGAAGUCCACGCGCUCGCUGCGCUCAGCGCAAGCCCCCACAUUGUGCAGUACUUUGACGCAUGGAUCGAAGACGACCUGUUGUACAUUCAGCUCGAGUACUGCCAUGGCUGUUCGCUGCAGUCGUUCCUCGCCGAGAGCAAGCCGAUCGCCGAGGUCACGCUGCGCAAGCUGCUCGCCCACAUUGCCAGAGCACUGCGGGACAUGCACGCGCUCAAGCUCGUGCACAUGGAUAUCAAGGUCGACAAUAUGCUCCGCGCCGCCAACGGCGUCUACAAGCUUGGCGACCUUGGCACCGUCGUGUCCAUGGACGGGGCCAUGGAAAUCAUGGAGGGCGACUACCGGUACCUGUCGCGCGAGCUCCUCGAGGGCAAUCGGUCCCACCUGAGCGCCGGCGACAUAUUUGCUCUGGGCGCGUCCAUAUACGAACUGGCGCGUGGCGUGCCCCUGCCUUCCGAGGGCGACGAGUGGCAAACCAUUCGCGACGGCGACCUCGCGACGUUCCGGCACUAUUCGAGCUCGCUCCAGCAUCUCAUUGGGAGUAUGAUGCACCCGGACCCGCUCCAGCGCCCGACCGCCGACGAGAUCCUGCAGCACGAAGCCAUCUUGGCCGUCGCCGACGCCUAG